UCGGCGGACGAAUCGUGGAAGUGGCGCAUUUUCAGUAAUUGGUGAUUGGAGAUCUCCAAAUAUUACACUGAUUAUUGGUUCCUGUGUUUUUAAUAACUUUAGCCGCGGCUAAUGUUUUAUUAUUGUUCUAAAACAUUAUUUGAUUAAAAAUAAAGAGUUUAUUUUUCCGAGGUCGUCAGAUCGUCGCAUUAAACAAAGAUGUCCGUGUGCUUCUUUGUGCCAACAGAUCAAGCUGGCUCUUCGGCUGCAUCAGAGGAGCAAGAAACAGAUUGUGGCGAAGAGACCGUCCUAGAUAACAUACAUAACACAUUACAGGCAUUCUGGACUAAAGUUAACGAUGACAUGAAAAAGAUUAAUGCGGACGACUUUAAAACCCAAGUGCUACCACUAGCAAGGAUCAAAAAGAUCAUGAAACUAGAUGAAGAAGUUAAGAUGAUAUCGGCAGAAGCUCCAGUUCUAUUUGCAAAAGCAGCAGAGAUUUUCAUCCACGAACUGACUCUACGAGCUUGGUCGCAUACUGAAGAUAAUAAAAGAAGGACAUUACAGCGCAACGAUAUAGCAACGGCGAUAACAAAAUCAGAUCAGUUCGACUUCCUUAUAGACAUAGUGCCCAGACAUGAACUGAAGCCGAGUAAGCCUAGGGAAGAUCCACCCCGAGCUACGACCUCAGCUGAUCAGUUGGCGCAGCAGCACCAGGCCACUAUGAACAACCAUUCUCAGUUCGUCAUACAGCCGUGCGCGCAAAUCGUUCAGCAGUCAUCAAGUGCAGCGGCGACCACCACCUCCAGCCAGCAGCCCGUCACGCUUGUCCAGCAAGUUGUCACUUCCUCCGGUGAAGUACAACCUUUACCGAUUCAGUUAACCCAGGCUCAGUUGAAUAUGAUCCGGCUACAGAUACAAAAUAAUCCGAACCAACCCAUCGUUAUACAAGCGCAGCCGCAACCGCAGCAGUCGCCACAGAUUAUACAAGUGUCUUCGCAAGCUCCACAUCAACCACACCAAAUAUUCCUAGCCCAAGUUGCACCGGAUGAGACAUAGUAUGACAGUGAUUAGUGAUAAUAUGAGAUAAGUGAACUCUGAAUUGAUAUUCAAGUGAAGUGAUGUGAACAUAAAAACGAAAGUUGUAGUGUUUUCAAAAUUGUACAUACAAAAAUAAUUAAGAUUUUUGCCAUUUUUUGGACUAAUAUGCUGUUAAACUAAAAUGACGGGAAGAGGAUUAAUUUGUCUAAUCAAUUAUGAGUUUUAUAUUUACAGUUACAUAUUUGAAUCGUGUUUUAAACAGUUGUUUUAUCUCUUGACGAUAUUUGCACACCACUAUCUAUAUUUAUAAGUGAGCACAAUGCAUCUAGAGAUAAAAUGCCAGUAUUUUAAAGCAAAAAUCUUCUCAUGUCUAAUUUUGGGAAUCUUUUAAAUAGUUAUACAGUGUUUUGUUAUUUAUAUUUU